AUGAUGGAGGACUCUCUGGCUACCAUCAUCAUCACCACCACCAUCACCACCACCACCAUCACCAUCACAAACAUCAUCAUCAACACCACAACUGCCACCGCCACCAACAUCCGCUCAGCAGACACUCUGCAAAACAUCCACCACCAGCAUCACCACUCCGGCACCAUCAAUUUGCGAUCAACCCUCGCCGCGAGCAACAGCAGCAACAGCAACAUCAUUACCUGGUUAUCCCCCUUCCCACCCCCGCCGCCCCUCGCCCUACCGCCCCCAGCCAGCCUCUUCCCGUUCCUACUCUUCAAUCUCCUCGCCGCGGCAUACCUGGUCGCGGGUUUCCUCACGGCGCAGCUCGUCUUCAGCGACCCUUCGCUCUUUGACGGCCUCGAGAUCGUCGACCUCCCCGGCGGCGUGGUCUGCGAGAUGGGCCUGGUCAUCGUGGUGUGGCCCGUCGCGCUGCCGUCGUGGCUCGUCAGGCUGUGCAUGCCGGACGGGUGGAGGGAGACGCUAGGGAAGGCGGUCGUGGAGUUUAAAGAGAUGAUGACGAUGAUGAUGGUGAAGAAGAACAAGGAGACGAAGGACAAGAGGAUGGGGGUGCAACCUGGAGGAAAUGGCUCGGAUGAAAGGACGGGUAAGGAGGUCAACGGAGUGGCAACGGUCAUCAACCACAGCAGAGAUGUCGGUGUCAGCAAGGAUGCCAAGGACAACGCGGUUCCAGGCCUUUCGGCUUCUCACAGCGCCAAGCUGGCUCGCCUGAGGAGACGCCGAUGA